GGGGCCGGCGCCGCGGUCGCUUUUCUUCGCUGAGGUACUGCCGCCGCCGGGCGGACGGGCGGACGCGCGGAGCUGGGGGCGGCGCGGCGGGGCCGGCGGGGCGCGGCGGGGCUGACCGGCCCCGAUGAGGCGGAAGGAGAAGCGGCUUCUGCAGGCGGUGGCGCUGGUGCUGGCGGCCCUGGUCCUUCUGCCCAACGUGGGGCUCUGGGCGCUGUACCGCGAGCGGCAGCCCGACGGCACCCCCGGGGGAUCCGGAGCAGCAGUGGCCCCGGCGGCCGGACAGCAAGUCACCAAGCCUGCCCAGAUUCAGAAGCUGGGGAAACAGACUCCAUCUCUUGGUGGGAGGAGCCAGAGGAUCCCACUACAAAGGGGUUCACACAAUCAGCAGAAGAAGACCUUUUUCUUGGGAGAUGGGCAGAAGCUGAAGGACUGGCACAACAAAGAAGCCAUCAAGAGGGAUGCUCAGCGUGUAGGAAACGGAGAACAAGGGAGGCCCUUCCCCAUGACUGAUGCUGAGAGAGUGGAUCAGGCAUACCGAGAAAAUGGAUUUAACAUUUACGUCAGUGACAAAAUCUCCCUGAAUCGCUCUCUCCCUGAUAUUCGGCACCCAAACUGCAACAGCAAACACUACCUGGAGACGCUCCCCAACACCAGCAUCAUCAUCCCCUUCCACAACGAGGGCUGGUCCUCCCUCCUCCGCACCGUUCACAGCGUGCUGAACCGCUCGCCCCCGGAGCUGAUCGCCGAGAUUGUCCUGGUGGACGACUUCAGUGACCGAGAGCACCUGAAGAAGCCACUUGAAGACUACAUGGCCCUUUUCCCCAGCGUGAGGAUUCUCCGAACCAAGAAACGGGAAGGGCUGAUAAGGACCCGGAUGCUGGGGGCCUCAGCAGCAACUGGGGAUGUCAUCACAUUCUUGGACUCACACUGUGAAGCCAAUGUCAACUGGCUUCCCCCCUUGCUCGACCGCAUCGCUCGGAACCGCAAGACCAUUGUGUGCCCAAUGAUCGAUGUGAUUGACCACGACGACUUCCGGUAUGAGACGCAGGCGGGGGAUGCCAUGCGGGGCGCCUUUGACUGGGAGAUGUACUAUAAGCGGAUCCCGAUCCCUCCAGAACUGCAGAAAGCUGACCCCAGCGACCCAUUUGAGUCUCCCGUGAUGGCCGGCGGACUGUUCGCCGUGGAUCGGAAGUGGUUCUGGGAGCUGGGCGGGUAUGACCCAGGCUUGGAGAUCUGGGGAGGGGAGCAGUAUGAAAUCUCGUUCAAGGUGUGGAUGUGUGGAGGCCGCAUGGAGGACAUUCCCUGCUCCAGGGUGGGCCAUAUCUACAGGAAGUACGUGCCCUACAAGGUCCCCGCCGGAGUCAGCCUGGCCCGGAACCUGAAGCGAGUGGCAGAGGUGUGGAUGGACGAGUACGCGGAGCACAUCUACCAGCGCCGCCCCGAGUACCGCCACCUCUCUGCUGGAGAUGUAACUGCCCAGAAAAAGCUCCGCAGCUCCCUUAACUGCAAGAGUUUCAAGUGGUUUAUGACCAAGAUCGCCUGGGACCUGCCCAAAUUCUACCCACCUGUGGAGCCCCCGGCCGCAGCGUGGGGUGAGAUCCGCAAUGUGGGCACAGGGCUGUGUGCAGACACGAAGCAUGGGGCCCUGGGCUCCCCACUGAGGCUGGAGAGCUGUGUCCGAGGCCGAGGGGAGGCCGCCUGGAACAACGUGCAGGUGUUCACCUUCACCUGGAGAGAGGACAUCCGGCCUGGAGACCCCCAGCACACCAAGAAGUUCUGCUUCGACGCUAUCUCCCACACCAGCCCCGUCACCCUCUACGACUGCCACAGCAUGAAAGGCAACCAGCUGUGGAAGUACCGCAAAGACCAGACCCUGUAUCACCCCGUCAGUGGCAGUUGCAUGGACUGCAGUGAACGUGACCACAGGAUCUUCAUGAACACCUGCAACCCCUCCUCUCCCACUCAGCAGUGGCUGUUUGAACACACCAACUCAACAGUCUUGGAAAAGUUCAAUAGCAUCUGAGCCUUCACGUUCCCGUGGCAGGCCUGGCAGGGUCCUCUCCGGCAUUCACUGCAGCCUCCCUCUCCCAAGAGAGGCAGGGCUUCUGCGGACUCCGUCACAUAAAAGCUGCUGGCCAGCCAAGCCAGGGCAGAGGGGGCGCUUGAAGCUGGGCCAGGUGUCUGCCUGGCCUUGCAGGCCCCGAGUGGUGGAGGUGGGAUAGAGAGCAGACCCCACAAGAGGCCCCGCUCAAGAGCAGAGCCUGCUGCACCCCUGGCGGCAUCAGGGAAAUCCAGGAGAGCCUUUUCAACUUGCUUACCACGUUCCCUUGAGCAUUAUGCGGGAGGACUGCCCGGGCAGCCCUAGACCACCCUAAAAUGAAUCCUCCGAGGCUGCCUAGCUUUCAGGUGGCUCAUACGUGACAGUCCUGCAGAGAGAGAGGCAAAUUCUAUCUGUAGGGGGGCAGCUUUUAGCACUAGUGCCACCCAUCUGCAGCACAAGGGAAAAAGUCUUUCUCGGGACCACUGGUUUCAGUCUUUGAAUUUUUGCCUGCCCAGCGUCUGUUCUCUGUCACAGCCCCAGGAGAUGCAGUCGAAAGCCGUGCCUCGGGCCCUCCGAGUGUUCAGUACUGAUCACUGGCCAGCUGCCAGGCCUGGGGGCAGCAGCGCAACCCGCAGAUAUUUCUUUGCAGCCGUGGACAGACGGGAUGUCUCCCUUUGCUCUCAGGGUACUCGAAAUGCCCAUUUUAGUGCUCUCCGGGCACAAGGACAGCCCAGCCACCAGCUUUUCAGGACUGUUUCAGGUGGCCUUGGGCCUGUGGCACGGGCCCAGUAGAAAACCUCCAUACUAGAAAUUCUGGCUGAAUUUCCCUCAUCAGUGCUUCUAUC